AUGAAGCCAAGCAAUGAGGAAGGUGUGCCAAGGCUUCAUAGGUGGAUCAUCAGCGACGUCAGUAAUACAAUCGAGAAAGACCUGAAUGAUGCCAUGAAAAAGAUGCAACCAAGAUGGGUGAAGUCUUAUACUGAUGAAGAGCGAUUACUUUUGGAUGAGCACCGGAGGCAGAAACAAGAAAAUAACAUAGAUGUUGUGAAAGAAAAGCUGCGCAUUUCAGAUAUGCGAAGAAAGGAGUUGGAUGAGGAGCUUACUGAAGUUAUGGAUAGGCAAGAAAGGAUUCUUAGUUUCAUUAAAGAGAAAAGACUAAAAGUUAAUGAAGUUGGUCUAAUGAGCUUGACAGAAAGAGAAGCUAAUGAUUUCCGUAAUUACACUUUGCAUGAAAUCUUUAAAUGUGCAAAGGAAAUACGGCUUGAAACUGAGGAGGAUGAGGAGGAGGAGGAGGAGGAUGAGGAUGAUAGGGAGGAUCACAAGGAAGAUGAUGAGAUUGAGGAGGAUGGGGAUGAGGAGGAGGAGGAUGACAAGGUUGAAGAGGAGCACAAGGAAGAUGAUGAUGAUGGUGUGAAAUUUAAGAUCUCAGAGAGGGGUUUUCUGUUGAUUUACGAAUUAGGGUUUGAAAUGAUUCAGAUGGUUGAUAUUUUUGGUCCUGAUGGUAGAGAAUGUUGCGUCGCAGUUGAGGAUGCUGUUGCAGCUCAGAUGGAACUGUGGUUAGUAAUUACAGGAGGAGAUGCUGUUGUUGUCUCAGAUGGUGAAGCUAUAAUGAUGAAGGAGAUACUCAAGCUUUUGGAAGUGGGUGUUAUAUACCCCAUAUCCGACAGCAAGUGGGUAAGCCCGGUACAAGUAGUACCAAAGAAAUCAGGUGUGACGGUAGUGGAGAAUGAUAAGAAUGAACUUGUCCCAACUCGUGUGCAAACCGGUUGGAGGGUUUGUAUUGAUUAUAGGAAAUUGAAUGCCACUACUAGAAAAGAUCACUUUCCUUUACCUUUUAUUGAUCAAAUGCUUGAACGUUUAGCUGGACACUCUUACUAUUGCUUCCUUGAUGGCUAUUCAGGUUAUAAUCAGAUUGUGAUAGCACCGGAGGACCAAGAGAAAACCACUUUCACUUGUCCUUUCGGUACUUUUGCUUAUAGAAGGAUGCCUUUUGGCUUGUGCAAUGCUCCAGCUACUUUCCAAAGGUGUAUGGUGAGUAUCUUUUCAGAAUAUGUUGAAAACAUAAUCGAAGUGUUCAUGGACGAUUUUAGUGUCUUUGGUGAUUCAUUUGACCUUUGCUUGGACAACUUGUCUUUAAUCCUUGAACGAUGUGUUGAAACAAACCUUGUGCUAAAUUGGGAGAAGUGCCAUUUUAUGGUAACUCAUGGCAUAGUUUUAGGCCAUGUAAUAUCUUCUAAAGGCUUGGAAGUUGAUAAAUCUAAGAUUGACCUUAUUCGUGCUCUAACCCCUCCCACUACGGUGAGGGAGAUACGUUCUUUUCUUGGACACGCAGGUUUUUAUCGUAGGUUCAUCAAGGACUUUUCC